GGCAGUGGGCAGAAACGAGUCAUUCAGGAUGGGUUCUCUACAAGUGAUCAUUGCUUCAGCUCUCUUCUAUGUAUUACUACCACCUGGUGAAUGCAUCACAGGUGGCAAGGAAUCUACACCACACUCCCGUCCCUACAUGGCCUCACUGCAGCUGGAAGGCAAACACAAUUGUGGUGGAUUUCUGAUCUCUAGUCAGUGGGUUAUGAGUGCUGCACACUGUUUCCAGGGCGGCAUUAAAUAUAAGGUGGUGUUGGGUGCUCAUUCCCUAUCUCAGGCAGAGGACAAAAAGCAAACGUUUGAUAUGGCUGCUGUCUAUAACCAUCCUGAUUACAACAAAGAGAAUUAUGAUAAUGAUAUUGCUUUGGUCAAGCUAAGUCAGCCAGUCAUAGAGAGCGAUGCAGUGAAGCCUCUGAAGUUCCAGAGAGCAGGGGGGAGUGAUCCUGAUACAAAUGUUGCUGUGGAAACUGCUGGGUGGGGCUCACUGGACAACCUGGGUAGCCGGCCAGACAAACUCCAUGAGGUGACUGUUGCUGUUAUAAAGAGUUCGAUCUGUGGUCGCAGUAACUCCUAUGGGGAAUCCUUUACAACAAAUAUGCUCUGUGCUGGCAAACCACGCAAGGACACCUGCGAUGGUGAUUCUGGUGGUCCUCUGCUAUAUAAUGGCAUUGCUGUGGGAAUAACUUCAAAUGGAGGGAGGAAAUGUGGUUCCACCAGGAAGCCCGGACUCUACACCAUUAUAUCACAUUAUGAUGAUUGGAUCACCCGCACUAUGACCCAGUAACAUGACCCAGCAGUUUGACUCGUAAAAUGAGCCAUUUUAAAAAAUAAAUAUAUAAAUCAUAUUACUGCUUGUAGGCCUCAUUUUACUCAUUUUAGUUGAAGCAGAUUGACUUUAAUUUUAUCUAUCCAGCCUAUCUAAACUGUUUAUUGUAGUUUGUGGUCUUUUGCUUGUUGUGAUGUCACAGAGGCUAUGCACCACUCUAGUCUUUAAUGGUGUGACAGGUUACUUGCUUUAGCUCACCAGUAUACAGUAUUCACAUUGUUCUUUUUGAAAGUUAAACAGUUUAUUUUUUUUCACAACUAAUAUAUAAGUAUAAUGUGUUUAUUCAGAUUUUAUACCAGAAUAGAAAGUGUUGUCACAACAACAGAUUCCACAUGUAAAUGUUUCUUGCAGCAUCAACGCUAAAUAUUUUGCUAGCUCUCUUUUGUCAUAAGGUUUAUCUUACAAAUGUGAAAUGACCCCUCUGUAGGCAGAUAUCACAGAAAUA